AGACCGGUGAAAGAGCAGCGGAACACGUUGUGCGCUGCCCUGUUAGAACAAUCUGUCUAGCUACCGCCUGGUAGAGCGGAGGUGAUUCAGUGAAAUCACAUUUUUUUAAAUAAACAGUUUUAACAAUUGCCUCCUGUUCUCUCCAGCUGACCAAAGAAAUGGUGAUGGAGAAGCCAAGUGCCCAGCUUGUCGGGCGGGAGUUUGUCCGACAGUACUACACACUACUCAACCAAGCACCCGACUACCUGCACAGGUUUUAUGGGAAAAAUUCCUCCUAUGUACAUGGAGGUCUGGACAACAAUGGUAAACCAGUUGAAUCAGUCUACGGACAGUCGGAGAUCCAUAAAAAAGUGUUGGCGCUGAACUUCCGUGACUGCCACACCAAGAUCAGACAUGUGGACGCCCAUGCGACCUUGAAGGAGGGCGUUGUGGUGCAAGUGAUGGGGGAGCUGUCCAACGACAUGCAGCCCAUGCGCAAAUUCAUGCAGACAUUCGUGCUGGCCCCUGAGGGCACUGUAGCAAACAAGUUCUACGUUCACAACGAUGUAUUCCGUUACCAAGACGAAGUGUUUGGGGAUUCUGACUCAGAACCCCCUGAAGAGUCUGAUGAGGAGAUGGAGGAGAGAGUACCCUCACCGGAGGUGGUCCAGGAAGAGGCUGCAGCCUUCUACGAACAGACACCCUGCACCGAGGCCAAGAGGCCAGAGGAGGAGGAGGUGGUUGUAAUCCCAGAGCCUGAGGCUGAAACUGAGGUGGAGCCGGAGCCAGACGUGGUGGAUGGAAAACAGGACCUGGAGCCAGAGACACAGCAGCAACAACACACCACAGAGGAGCAGGGAGAGAAGUGUCCGGUCUCCUCACCCCUGCCCUCCGCCACUGCUGACCCUGCACCUGCCGCUGAAGAUAACCGGCCUUUCUCCUGGGCGUCUGUCACCAGUAAGAACCUCCCCCCUAGUGGAGCUGUGCCUGUCUCGGGCGUCCCCCCUCACGUAGUCAAAGUCCCGUCGGCACCGGGCAACGAACACAAUCAACAGCCCAGGGUGGAGGUGAAAACAGAAGCUGCAGCACAGAGAACACAACCGAGAGGAGACCAGAGACCACGGGAAGCAAGGCCAGGCCCCCCACCAGUCAACAGAGGACCCAGACCAGGAGGUACGAUCCACCAGACAGCAUCUCGCCCAACACCCAGUACCAUCCACCAGACAGCUGGGUCAUGUUCAGGAGUGAGGGAAGGAGAACCGGGAGAGUCGUCGGACGUUGGCCGCGUUGUGAGGUAUCCAGACGCUCACCAGCUCUUUGUAGGAAACGUCCCCCAUGAUGUGGACAAGGCAGAGCUCAAGGAGUUUUUCCAACAGUAUGGUACUGUGCUUGAGCUACGGAUCAACAGCGGAGGAAAGCUUCCCAACUUUGGAUUCGUGGUGUUUGACGAUUCGGAACCUGUACAGAAAAUCCUAAGCAACCGGCCCAUUAAGUUCCGAGGAGACAUCCGACUGAACGUGGAGGAAAAGAAGACUCGCUCCGCCCGGGAAGGGGACCGGCGUGACAACCGCCCCAGGGGUCAAGGUGGCCCUGGAGGGCCCCGAGAGAGGAUAGGAGGGCCCAGAGGCCCCCCCACCAGGGGUGGCAUGGCACAGAAACCCAGCUUUGGCUCUGGACGAGGCACUGGACCCAGCGAGGGAGGUCGCUACACGGGACCUCGUCAGUGAACGUCACUCUGAAGUUGGUCUGAUGUCCCACUACCGUGCCAGUUUACUACUGCUGUCAGUUGCCCCGACUCUUGAGUAUUAUAAAACAAAGAUGGCUUCUCCAUCCCUCCCUCUGCUUUUAGUUUUCUACAUUGGGAUUCUGGAAUGUGAUCCAUCGCUCCUUUCUCCCGACGUUGACAUGAUCUGUAAUUCUCUCCUGGUCUUUCACAUCAUCCUGAACUAAGUCAAAAAAGGCUCUAAACUAACUACUUGAAUUGGAACAAUCCAGUUUGGUUUUGGCGUUCUCUCCCUGUUUCUUAAAGGAACGUGUAUGUACUGCUUGGGCAGUCCUGUGUAUUGCCGCCACUGUCUUUUUCAGGUCAAAUGCAAGUAUGGUUUUAUUUUAAAUUUGUGGAGUUGAGUCAUGCUUGUGAAUGGUUAUUAUCGAGCAUGUAACAUCCUGUCUGCCUUUUCACUGAUGCACUUCAUCAUGACCAAUCAGCUGAUGAGAGAACUGAAUAAACAUGAUUUAGUGUUUUAAA